GAGCAGCAUUUGGGUGAGCACAGUGAUGCAUCAUCGCCCAGCAGGGGGGACAGGAAGUGUUUACGCCUGUCUCUGCACCAACAGUUGGUGUGAGUGAGAAGCCUGACGCGCUGCCUGAUCAUCAUCAACACUCCCUCUUUUUCCUCUGUUCUUCCAUGGUGAUCUCCCUCAGUCCUGGAUCAGCUCACUACAAACAUCCUCCUCCUCCUCUUCGCUCUCAGCGAGCUGAUGCAUGCCACGGAAGCAGUGACGUCACUUGUUUACUGUCUUGUAGGUCGCCCCGGAGUUGCAGUGCAGCACCUUAUCCAGCAGGGCUUAUGUAACUUCCCCCCCUGCCUUCUGCAUGACUGGCACUUUGCUGUUUUUAUUCUCCAUCUCUUCUUCUUCUCCCUCAUGUGCAGGUGCGUGCCCUGACACGGCAGCCAUGUCUAGCAGCCUGGCGUGAUUUCACUUCCACUGGACUGUUUGUCUGGUCAAAGCGCAGCGAGUUCCCUGCUGUAGCGGGUAACGAAGCUCCACGGUUCUCCACUGCAGCAGCAGCAGGAGGAAAGUAAACAACCGUGGACUUAAUGAUGGAGGGAACUUCCAAAAGCGGAGCGGCUGCUGCAGAACCCAGUGUGGCUGCUCAGGUUCCUUUCCUUCACUUGUGCACAACUUUAGAGAAAAUCCAGAAGUCCAAACUGCGUCCAGAUAAAUCCAAGAUCCUUGGGGAUUUCAUUGAAUCAUGGCGGAAAUUUCAUGCCGCGCUCCACAAGGACAAUCUGAAAACUACAGACUCCUUCUACCCUGCUAUGCGCCUCAUCGUCCCGCCUUUUGAGCGAGAGCGAAUGGCCUAUGGCAUCAAAGAGAGCAUGCUAGCUAAGCUCUACAUUGAUGUUUUAGGCCUCCCAAAGAAUGGCCCAGAAGCCAGUAAGCUGCUGAACUAUCGUGCUCCGACUACAUCCCAAGGAGAAGCAGGGGAUUUCGCCGGCAUGGCGUACUUUGUGCUGAAGAAGCGAUGUGCCAGCCAAGGAAACCUCAGCAUCAAAGAGGUUAAUGACUUUCUCGACUCAGUGGCCAUCAACAAUGCCAGCAAGCAGAAGGAUCAGGUGAAAAAGAGCCUGUUGCAUCUCAUCACUCAGAGCUCUGCUCUGGAGCAAAAGUGGCUUAUUAGGAUGAUUCUGAAGGACAUGAAGCUUGGAGUCAGCAAGGAAACUGUUCUCCAGGUCUUUCACCCGGAUGCCGCGGAGCUCUAUAAUGUCAACACGGACUUAAAGAAGGUGUGCCAGCAACUGCACAACCCCUCUGUGUCUUUAAGUGAAGUCUCGAUUGAACUGUUCUCUGCCUUCAAGCCAAUGUUGGCAGCGGUGGCCAACAUCCGCAACAUCGAGAAGCAGAUGGGAAACAGCCCCUUUUACCUUGAGACGAAGCUGGAUGGGGAGCGUAUUCAGCUUCACAAGGAUGGAGACGUGUACAAGUACUUCAGCCGGAACGCAUUUGAAUACACGCAGCAGUUCGGAGGAUCACCGCUUGAGGGAUCGCUCACUCCUUACAUCCACAACGUGUUCAAAAGCAACGUCGUGAACUGCAUCCUGGACGGCGAGAUGAUGGCGUUCAACCCGACGGCGGGGACCUUCAUGCAGAAAGGGAGCAAAUUUGACAUUAAGAGACUGAUGGACGACUCUGAGCUGCAGACGUGCUUCUGCGUCUUUGACGUGUUGCUGGUUAAUAACCAAAAACUGGGCAAAGAACCCCUGAAGAAGCGAUACGAGGUUCUCCAGACGGUCUUCACCCCCGUCAAGGGUCGGAUACAUGUGGUGCCAAAGACAGAAGUCGGAACAAUGCAAGAUGUUGUUAGUGCUCUUAAUGAUGCCAUUGACAACAGGGAAGAAGGGAUUAUGGUGAAGGACCCUUUGUCCAUCUACAAACCCGAUAAACGUGGGGAGGGUUGGCUGAAAAUAAAGCCAGAAUAUGUGGACGGCUUGAUGGAUGAGCUGGACCUACUGAUUGUUGGUGGUUACUGGGGAAAAGGAAGACGGGGUGGGAUGAUGUCCCACUUUCUAUGUGCUAUUGCAGAAGCGCCAAAGCCUGGUGAGAAGCCGUCGGUUUUCCACUCCUUUUGCCGAAUUGGCUCGGGUUACACCAUGAAAGAGUUGUAUGACCUUGGGUUGAAGCUUGCGAAGCAUUGGAAAGUCUACCGGAAAAACGACCCGCCGCAGUCCAUCCUCUGUGGAGUGGAGAAACCGGAAGUGUACAUCGAACCCUGCAACUCGGUCAUCAUCCAGGUCAAAGCGGCUGAGAUAGUCGGAAGCGACAUGUACAAGACCAGCUGCACCCUGCGGUUCCCCAGGAUCGAAAAGAUCCGCGAGGACAAAGAGUGGCACCAGUGCAUGACUCUGGCAGAGCUGGAUCAAUUCCGCAGCAAGGCGUCAGGGAAACUGGCCUCGCGGCACCUUCACAUCGACAGCGACGAGCCACAGAAGAAGAAGCGGAAGCUGCCUGUCAAACCCAAGAAGGUGGUUGGCGUCAUUGACCACUUCAAGCCCCAGGAUCUGUCCGGAGUUUCCAAAGAGAUGGACAUGUUUGAAGAUGUGGAGUUCUGCAUCCUGAACGGCACUGAAAGUCACCCAAAGUCGGAGCUGGAGAAGGGCGUGGCCAGGUGUGGCGGCAUUGUGGUCCAGAACCCGGGACGGGACACUUACUGCGUGGUUGCCGGCAUGGAGAACAUGCGCGUGAAGAACCUGAUUUCCUCCAAUCAGCACGACGUGGUCUGGGCGUCAUGGCUGCUGGAGUGCCUGGAUCAGAAGGAAGUGGUGCCAUGGCAACCGCGCCACAUGAUCCACAUGUCGCCCUCGACCAGGGAACACUUCGCCAAGGAGUACGACAGCUAUGGCGACAGCUACUUUGUCAAUACGGACGAGCAGCAGCUGAGGGAAGUGUUCAGCAGGAUCGACGGCGAGCAGGCGGCGGCGGCGGCGUCCGUCAGCGCGGCGCAGUUGGAGGAGCGUUACGGCUGGGAUGACCUUCCCACCAGCAUGUUCAGACCCUUCACCUUUUACUUUGACAUCUUGGAUCCGAAAAGCACAACAGGUGCCACCUGUCUGGACAUUAGGGCGCUGGAGGUUCGAUACCACGGAGGGAUGGUGAUGAAGACGUUGGAGGAAGGAGUUUCUCACGUCGUUGUCGAGGAAGAGACGAGAGUCCUGGAUCUGAGGAUGCUGAGGCGGAACUUCAGGAAGAAGUUUAAGAUUGUUAGAGACUCGUGGGUGACCGACUCCAUCGCAGCAGGGUAUCUGAUGGAUGAUGCUGACUACCUGAUUUGAAGCUUCAGACAAUUUGCAAAGUUUGCAUUUUAGCUGAUAUUUUAACACAAAAUCUUAUCAAGUCAUUUUCAGUCGAGUUUCCUGUGCAAAUAUCUUAAUAUAAGCGAAAACUAACUUUUAGAUAACUUUUAACCAAAUAUAGGAGCUUAUUUUAAGUAAAUAAUUCUCCAGUAUUGAUGAAAAUGUAAAUUAUUUAACUUAUAACAUGGGAAACAUUUCUUGUUGGAGUUAGAUAAUCUGCCAGGGAAACGAGUAUCUUGCUAAAAAGUUGUUUGUAUGUUUUUUUUAUUGUUCCAUUUCAAACUAGACGAAAAUACUCGAUAAGAUUUCCAAUCAGAUUAGAAAUAAAGUUAGAAAUUAAUUAUUAUUAACAUAAUACUAAUUUAUGAUUUAAAAUUGAACAGGAAAUUAUGUUUUUAUCUAGUUUUAAUAAAUUUAGGGAAUACUGAGAGGACAUUUUAUGGGAUUUUAUGCACAAGGAAAAUAAUACACGGGGAAACAUACAUGAUAUGUAUGGAACAAAAUACUGAACUCUAAUCAACAUUUUUGUCUCUAAUGCAGAAAACGGCACCACAACAGCAUGAUGCUGCCACCACCAUGUUGGUCUAAAAGUCUAAAAAUCUGCACUCAAUAUGAACGUUUAUUAUAGAAACAUGCACAUCAAUACUAUAUGUUUGCAUUUUAGCUUUUUAAAUUUAACUAUUAAACUAUUUUAGUUACUGUAUUGCCUUAUGAUUGAUCAGUAAUGAAUUUGAAUCCUAUCCACCUGUCGGGUUGAAUGAGGAUUAAAAUAAUUUGUUUCAAAUUUUUGUUUUA